AGAGAAUAUCAAUAGGGUAUUGGAAAAUCUGCCACCACCAGGAAUGAAGAUUAAAGAGCAAGACGACCGCUACAAAGCGAGGCUUGAGGUGCCGGGACUAAGCAAAGAGGAUUUGAAGAUUACAGUUGAGGAUGGGAUAUUGACAAUCAAAGGAGAGCACAAGGAAGAGAAGGAACAAGGAUCUGAAUCUGAUGAUGAGUCUUGGACAUCAAGUAGUAGUUAUGGUUACUUUGAUAGCAGUGUGAUUCUGCCUGAGGAUGCAAAGGUUGAUGGAAUAACUGCAGAAAUGAAACAUGGCGUGCUUAACAUUACUCUUCCAAGAAUUAUUGACAGGCCAAAGAAGGACGUGAAGGAGAUUCAAGUGAAUUGAUGGUUCUGAGUUUGAAUAUGCAUUAAUCGAUGUGUGUGGGGUCUUUCUUUUCUUGUCCAGUUAUGUGUGUUUAUUUGCUGGAUUACAGUCUGAUGUUUAACUUUUGACCCUUGGUAAUGUAAGAUAGUGUUUUUUUUUUCAAACAAAAAUAAGAAAAUCAAAGGGUUACAAAUUCA